UGACUGUAUUCGAAAAUUACCUAUCUAUUCAAAAAAAUCGUUUUGUUUCUUUUAUUAAUAUUUUUUAUUUGAAUUUAUAAUCCAUUGAAAUCUAUUCGUGUACAUCAUGAGUGUUCAGUUAGAAGAUGUCGACGAAGUUGACGAGGAAUUUGAGAUCGAAGACGAUGAUGACAAUGUCGAGAAUGAGGACGAGUUUGAUGACGAGGAUGACGACGACGACGACGACGACGAUGACGACAACGACAACGACAAGGAAGAAGACGAGGACGUUGAAGACGAGUACGUCAAAGACGAGGAUGACGAAGUGGAGGGCAACGAAGAGGAGGGCGACAAGGACGAGGACGACAAGGACGACAAGGACGAGGAAGAAGACGAUGAUAAUGAUGAUGAUGAUGAUGAUGAUGAUGGUACGUCAUGGGAAUCGUCUGACGCGGAAACCAACCCCAUGUGCAUUUAUCUUGUAAAAAACGACAGCAAGGGUGACAAACUGUUGUUCCGUUACCCGUACACCUAUUUCGGUGGACCACAAAAGGUGUCUUGUGACCUAGACAAAGUAACGUCUUUCGAAGACCCAGAAGACGAGGCCAAACGACGGCACCAGCAGAUGUUGUCGAAUGGUUUCAUACCCAAAAUUCCAGAUUCCCCCCAACUACCAGAAAACGCCGAACCAAAGCACCAGCUAGCUGAUUACACGGACGAAGUUUUAUCGAACUUGUUCGCUGUCAAGUCUCAGCUCUGUGACCAAAAGUUUGAACUGAAAGUGGACCAUGUACGAUUCAUCAGUCAUCCAUUGGAGAUCCAGACGUGUGGCGGUGAUAGUAGUAAACCGGAAAGCCCGUCAAACAUAUUACUUAACGUAGUGUUUGCUCUGGACGCGUUUGCUCGUCGUCAGAUUGCUGAUUGUUACCAUAAUUUGAGUAAAGCGAUAGGGGUCGCUCUUAGACAUGAAGAAAAUCGAUGCGGUUACCUGUCGAAUCAAAUAAAAGAAAUGGUCUACAUACACGAUACUAUGACUACUGGGUAAUAUUGGGUUUAUUAUUUGAUGAUUUUGCUAAUAUGCUAUAACAGUACCAUGAUUGCCACGGCUUCUAGAAACCUGAAAAAUUAUCUGGGAAUUUUUAUGAAAUUCAUAAUUUCAAUUUCAAACUUCAAUCUUUGUUUUCAUAAUUAUUAUUAUGUAUAUUGUUUUGUUACGUAUUUAAUACUAUAAAUACUAUAACUUCUCUUAAAGCGCAUUCGUACAUUGUUGUGUUUAUUUAUUUUGCUAUUAAAAUCAGUAUUGACUUGAAAAAUGACUUUUACUGUCGAUGAAUGCGCCAUUUUUGUAGGUAGAAAAAGGGGAACGUUAAGAUAGUAAUAAUGUUAUUUAAUUUACAUCUUUAAAAAAUGAUAAACCAUUGUUUUGAAAUACUAUAAUUUUUUAAGAAUUCCAUUAAAAUUUAUGUUUAAAAAUAAAACUGGUAUGAAAAUUAAAACAAACAUGCUUAUUAACCAGAUAGAUCAAAAAUAUCUUGUUAUUUUUUGAUUGAAGCAAGAUUUUUGGUUGAAAAGUUGUUUAGAGACCUAAAAAAUAUAAAACAGUAAAAAUAUAUCAUAGUACACCAAUACACUCCUUGCUACGCUCUGAAUCUAAACAAAUAAAUAAUAUAAUUAACUAAUACAUACAAUUUGUUUGCCCAGGUAAAUUGAAAAAAAAUAUCCUGGAAAAAACAUGUCAGGGAAAUUCAAAAUGGAAUUUCGUGGCAACCAUGAGUACCUACCUAACUACUGGAGAUGUUAAAAUUGUUAUUAAAACGUAAUUAAGUAUUCAAUAAUAAAAAAUUAAUUUUUGUAAAUUUUAUAGGUUUAAGGUUUAUAUUUUAAACACUUUAUUUUACAGAUUAUUUAUGUAAGAAGUAAUACUUAAUAAAUUUAUAUUUAUAAAUUAAAAUUGGUUUUAUUUACAGGUCAGAUUGUAGUAUCGAUUUAGAUGCUUCUUACGACCAUGAUCCUCAUUUCGAAAAAAUUUGCAAGACUUGUACUUUGGCAAAGGAUAUAAAAAAAGUCUUUGAUGAAGUGACAACCACCGGUGUGGUCAAUUUAAAAGUGAAUAAUUGGAUAGAGGUGAGCUUCUGUUUGCCACACAAGGUUCAUAAUUUUUAUAAAGAUCGACAGCUGUUCGAUCCUGCGAGUAUAAACACGUAUGUAUCAUACAUUUCACAUUAUUAAGUGAACUGUUAUUAGUAUAUUUUAUGCUUCAAGGUGUUUAAAGCAAAUUCGACCAUAUCAUGGUAUACUUUUGAUGUGUGACCGCAGAGAACUUUUGGACAAGUUACCACAAGAUACUUCGCCAUCAAUGAUUCGUCUCAUCAAUAUGUACAGUCCUGUCAAAAGUUUACAAACUUUAUCUGCGGAUGCAGAUCUUACCCUCGCACAGGUCAGGAAUAACAAACAAAAAUUAAUAAACUCAAUUGUAAUUUGUAUAUUUAUAGGUAUUUAGUAUAGCUGGACAUUUGAUUUAUUGGGGUAAUGCAAUUAUAAUAUUUCCAUUAUGUGAAACCAACUUGUAUGCAAUUGCACCUAAUGUCCCGACAACGCGCAACAAUAAAUUAGCUCGAGAGUUUGCAGAAAAAUUCCCAGGGUACAACUUGUUGAAAGUAAUUAGUAUUAUUUAAAAAGUCUUCAAAUUGUAUAUAAUAUUACAUGCUGCGAUCAAUUGAUUUUAUUAAUACUGACAUAUUAUCAUAUUUAAAAUUAGGUGAUGAGUGAAUAUUCGUUUCCAACAGCGUUAGAAUACAAAAUGGGCUUAUACGAUGACAAGAGCAGUGAAGCUAUAACAGUUCGAAUAUUAAUUUGGUUGUUACAGCACAAAAUUUUGCAACAAUACCAUACUUAUAUUUAUUUUAUGCCAUCUUCUAAAGGACUUCCGUUUAUUAAACAUUUGGUAUUAAUAUUAGCAUUGCUCUUAAAAUACUUGUAUAAUAAAUAAUUAUACGUUUCUAUAGGAAUGUAAUAAUUCAUCUCAAUCCGAAGAAGAAAAUAACGAUCAUCAAUCUGAAGAACCGAUGGCUGCAUUGACACUAUCAGAAAAUUGGUGGAAAUAUUCAGGUGAUUACAGUUCUUCUAUGUCUUGUGCUGAAGAAAUGUACCUUAGUUUGGACCUUAAUGAACAGUAUGCAUUAAUGAAUAUACCCGCGUCAGCUAAUCCAGAUGACUUUAGGCUUUUAAUGAGAUUAUUGAAACAAGGUUAUCUCUCUGGAGAACAUCAUAUCGAGGAGAUUAUGUAUUUGGAGAAUAUUAGACGAAUGGAAUUAUAUCUAUUAUUGGAAAAAUUCAAAGACGUUUUACUACUUGUUGAAAUGGAAGAUCCUACACUUCAACACUUUUAUUCGCAUACGUGAUUUAUUAGUUAUUUUAAAAAUGUUUGCCAAAUUCAUUUGUCUUCCAAUUAAAUAUUAGAAUUGUUAUUAAUUUGUAUUACAAAUAUUUUACAUUGGUAAAUUAUGACUAAUGAAAUAUAAUUUAAUAUGAUAACAUUUACAGAAAAUAGUUUAUAAAACAUUGAAGGAAAUAACUGUAUUAAGUAUGACUCAUAAUAAAAAAAGCAAAGUGAUUACUUUUAAAUUUC